UUGUUAACUUUUCAUUUGAACUUUUCUUCAAAAAUUGUUUGCCAAUUUCAUUUCUUUGCCGCGGAUUUCCAACGUUUUUGCGAUGCAUCGAUGCGAGAGAUCGUUGUUCUCGUGAUGAAUGUGCAAAAUUUUAUCACGCACCAGCUGUUCUUUCGACUCCAUUUCCGCGAGUUUUGAUCCACUCAAAUUUUCAUUAAAUUCUACCCAACGGUUAAAAAGUAAGAGCAAUUUCAUAGUGUGGCAAUUUCAUCGUGGACACCUUUUAGCUGCCUGAAAGCAAGAAGGCUACGAGAAAAAAUACCACGAAGCAUUGUGCCAUAGCGUACUCGAUAACCCGUGGUGUGACCAAAUUAUUUGAAUUGGUAAAAGGUGAAGGUGAAAGCGGGUAAAUUUUAACGCGCACCGUUCGGGCUGAAUAUUGCACCGAACGGCUUUCAGGGUGUGGUGACAGGAUUUCUCAUCAGACCAUGCCUAAUACCGUCGGAUGAUUCGAUUUAGUGGAUUGUUGUAUUAAUUAAUCCCCAUAUUUCAUUUGCUGGUUUAUUAGACUUUCCACAACCAUGUUAUCGAAUUCGAUACAGUUUAGUGAGCAGCAAAAUGCAAUAAAAAAGUCACAUGGUGGAUCAUUCUAAGUAUAGUAUGAGAAGAUGUUGCAGCAAGUUAUUUUACUAGUUCCGAUAAUUGCAAUGUAUCAAGUAUCAACUAUAUCUGCGCAGGAAAAUCCAUUUGGACCCGAUUUUCCUUUUCAGGGCCCGCGACCCUGGUGGAUAUACCCACCAGUACAGCCGGGAUAUCCACCCGGCAAUUUAUACCUGCAACCCGAAGAGCAGGGCGGCUAUUUCGAAGGAGAUAUGGUACUAAGCCCUGAACAGUACGGAGAGAUUUAUAUGGGUAGAAACGGCAUUAUCCUGCAAAAGUAUCGUUGGCCAUACAAAAUUAUUCCCUACGUAAUUGUGAGAAGCCAUUUUAAAAAGACUGCUAUCGCUAUGAUUCUACAUGCCAUGCGCCGAAUCGAGAAGGUUAGCUGCGUCAAGUUCCAGCCGCGCAAAGAUCAACUGGAUUACGUUCGAAUUGCAGCUGAUAAGCCUGGUUGUUUUUCCUAUGUAGGUCGUAUAGGGGGGAUGCAGAACCUUAACCUAUCAUCGGGAUGCAUAUACAUUGGCAUUAUCAUGCACGAGAUGAUUCACGCGCUUGGAUUCCAUCAUAUGCAAAGCGCUAGCAAUCGUGAUCAAUAUGUGCGUAUCCUGUAUGAAAACAUUAUGAACGGUAAGGAGAAUAACUUCAGAAAGUACGAUGUAAACGUUAUUAGCGAUUUCGGGACCCCGUAUGACUACGCAAGUAUAAUGCACUACGAUGCAAAGAGUUUCAGCAAAAACGGGCGGAAAACUAUAGUGCCGUUUAAGAAGGUAGAAAUUGGCCAACGGAGAGGAAUCAGCAGAAUAGACAUGAUAAAAAUUAAUAAAAUGUACAACUGUUAAAUGUGAACUACCUAGCCAACCGAAGGAUUAAAAUUGAAUGAUACACAUAAACAAGAAACAAAGUGUAUACAAUUUGUAUGUAAUAGUAGCUUAACUUAUUGAACUUCCUAGUUCUGUGCAAAAUCAACUAAUUCGUACACCCAUAAAUCAGACUCUUCUCUACAGGAUAACGUGUGAAUAA